GGACUAUACCCUAGGAGCGUUGCCAGCUUGUAAGAUAGCGUUGUUCUUCGGGCUGAAGUCACACACAUGUACUCCCAUCAGUAAAAGUUGGAUGAUGUUCGCGUACUCUCGGAUUAAUGUCGUAAGGUCUAUCCCGUUAGUAAGAAGCUAUGUUGGUUCGUGCUACUUAAGACUUUUUACGACUAAGUCAGAUGCAAAUGAAUCAUCAGAAAACUGCGUUGUUUCUGAUUUCCCACUGCUUAGUGAAGCUGUGAAUGCAAAAGACUUUGAAUUAGUAUCGAAAAUAGUUGUGGAACAGGAUCCCUUUGAGGUUAAACGCAUACGGAUCCCUAUAGAAAAUUCAAAGUCCUCUCCUAAUCUUAUUCCUUCACAGUCACACAGGCGAAUGGUUGGAUGCAUCUGUGAACCGGAAGCGGACUCUAUCAAUUGGCUAGAAUUAGAAAAAGGCGAUCCAGUUCAGUGUUAUUGUGGCCACUGGUUUAAAUUAGUCAAUUAUGAAGACUACUUUAAUAUGACUAAUCAAUAAAACUGUUCAUAAAUA